ACACCAGCUCCCACUGUUUCACAUCGACCCUGUGUCCUUAUCCUCCUCUAUAGACCCAACCCUCCCAACCCAGCGGAAAAGCAUGCGAGAACCCUUUGGAGCUACGGGAAAUGGUGGGAUAUCACUCCUUUGUGCGAAGCAUACCAGCGCUAAUUACCUGAUGUGGUUGUGCUAUGAUAGAUCCAAAAACCCCAACCCCCCAGAACCGUACCAUGUUUCAAGGAUUUGAAUGGCAUACUCCUGCUGACCAGCAUCAUUGGGACCGCCUAGCAGGUGCGAUACCUAAGUUGAGGGAGAUUGGUAUCACUACUCUGUGGAUCCCGCCAGCCUGCAAGUCAGGGAGCCCAUCGAGCAACGGCUACGAUAUUGUCUGUUACUACUCUUUCCAACACCCUUCAUCGCAGCGUUUCUCAUAAAGCCGUAGUAUGAUUUAUACGACCUCGGGGAAUUCGAUCAUAAAUGGUCAAGACCUACCAAAUGGGGACACAAGGAAUCCCUGAUGCGCCUGUGCGACACGGCUAAACACUACAACAUCGGGUUGGUUUUCGACGCCGUUUUGAAUCACAAAGCAUGCGCAGACUACACUGAACGGUGCCGAGUCGUUGAAGUCAACCCGGAAGACCGCAACGAGGUGAUUUCCGAGCCAUAUGAAAUCGAGGGAUGGUUAUCUUUUGAUUUUGCCACCCGAGGAAAUAGGUACAGUCAGAUGAAGUACCAUUGGUACCAUUUCUCGGGGACAGACUAUAAUCAAGAGAACCAGAAGACAGCGAUAUAUAAAAUUAUAGGCGAUAAUGAGGAGAAAGAGUGGUGUCAGAACGUGGAUACGUCUGAACUCGGCAACUACGACUACCUGAUGUUUGCUGAUCUUGAUUAUUCCAACCCUGAUGUUUGUAACGAUGUAAAGAACUGGGGCGUUUGGGUUGCUCAAGAGCUUGGGCUCAAGGGAUUCCGGUAGACCACUCUCUCCCAUGCCACCUCAGCCUCCGCUAACCGUUUCCCUACUAGGUUUGACGCCGUGAGACAUUUUUCUUCAGAGUUCCUUAAGGAAUUCAUUGACCAUCUAGACGAAAACCUCGGCGAGGACUGGUUCUUUGUGGGCGAAUACUGGAAAGGACAUGUUGAGCCCCUGGAGAAAUUCCUUGACGAAAUGGAUCACAGAUUCACGCUCUUCGAUUUCCCCCUUCUAGAGAACAUCUUCAAGAUGUCCAAUUUCCCCUCUGCAGACCUUACUAUGAUCUUCGACGGUUCAUUAGUGGAAAGCCGACCACUCAAUUCCGUGACAUUCGUCACGAGCCACGAUACACAACCGGGCCAAGAUCUCGAAAGGAUAAUUCCAGACUACUUCAAACCAUUUGCCUACGCUCUGAUCCUAUUGAGAGCUGAAGGGUAUCCAUGUGUGUUUUUCGGUGAUAUAUACGGCAUCAAGGGGAAUUAUCCGUCCCCACCUUCUUGCUCAGGGGCCCUUCCAAGUCUUGUGUUGGCGAGGAAAUUGUAUGCGUACGGAGAGCAGAAUGACUUCUUUGAUGAUCCCAAUUGUAUCGGAUGGGUAAGGAGAGGCACACAUGAUAGAAAGGAUGGAUGCGCAGUGCUCAUGAGCAAUUUUGGGGACGGGGAAAAGAGGAUGUUUGUUGGCGAAAACCAUAAAGGGGAGAUUUGGACCGAUCUUUUGCCGUGGAGUGAAGGUGAUGUCAAAAUUGGAGACGACGGUUGGGCAGAAUUCCGAUGCUAUGCUAUGAGUGUUGGUGUUUGGGUCAACAAAGCCGCAGAAGGAAGAGACAAAUUCGGGGAUUUG